AGGGGGACAUUCCAGAGAAAAGAUGGCGACCAAGUUCAUAAACAAAUCAAAAUUUGUCGUUUUAUUUGCCAUUUUCGACCUUAUUCACCUGUCUACUGCUCUGAAUCAACGAUAUAUUGUUGCCGUCCAAACAAUCUCAAGUUGUAAAUCUGCAAACACCGACACAACGCAUCAGUUCUUCGACAUAUCGACCCUGAAAUGUACAGAUUGUACACAAAACAGCAAGAUUCAAACAAGAAGUGCUGAUGGUUUAUCAUGUGUUUGUCAGCCGGGAUACAUAUAUUGUAAUGAAAUGCUUUCCCUUGCUUCAGGUUUAUCAUGUGUUUGUCAGCCUGGAUACAUAUAUUGUAAUGAAAUGAUUUCCCUUGCUUCAGGUUUAUCAUGUGUUUGUCAGCCGGGAUACAAACUAACACAGGAUUUUGGUGCUGGAAACAAGAUUACUUGCGCUGCUUGUCCAAAUAACCAGGUGACUAGUGAUGGCAAGUGGAGUUGUACGUUUUGUGGGAGUUCAAACCCGUUAAAUGCGGCGACCAACCAGUGUCAGGCAUGUGCUGCCACUGGUGUCGCAGUUGAGAGAAAUCUUGACGGUUCUGUGUUGACCAAUGCUGCAGGAAACCCUGAGAGGAAGUGUGAGUCAUGCGUUGCCACUACCAAGCCAAACUCUGACAAGACCAGGUGUGUGAGAUGUAGUCAGCUGCUGUCCAUGAUUCCAACCUCGGCCACUUGUGAGUGUACUUCUCCAUCUCGACUGACCGGAGGACUAUGUUUUCCAGAGACUGCUUAUUUGCCAACGGAAGGUACUUCGCUUUACAAAAUCACAUCACAGGAUGGCAGUUUGACAGUUGAAUCGGCAUAUUUCAAGGACAACCUCAGAGCAGCUGUUGGAAUAUGUAAUCCCGCACUCUACGGAAACUUGACCGCUUGCCAGAUGGUUGGUAACUUGUGUACAUUGCUGUAUGGGACCCAAGAGAAUGUGAACCGGGGUGGCUCGGGUGAUGCCUGCUCUCAGUAUGAAGCACUCAAAAACGAGGUGAAAAGCGUUACUGAUUGGCCAGCCAAUAUGCCGUGGCUGUUCUUCUCGGAGCAGCCACUAGCCCAGGUCACACUCGAAGAUACUGGCAUCCCAACUGAGUAUACCUUUGGUACAAACCCGUCCACAUCUUACCUAAACUUCCGCCUGGCAAGCUACUCACUCAAUGGAACGUUCAAGGGCAUGAGGAAUGCCACCGAUGGGAACCUACAGCUGUGUAAGAACUCUAUCAAGGAGAUGCAGGCAGCUUUCCAAUUUGGAACGAUCUAUUCUUCAUCGUGCGCCCUUGAUGCAGAUGAUCUGUGGGGUCGUUCAGAGGAUGAUCUAGUCUUCUACGAUAUGUAUCUUGAAUUCACAGAAGCAAGUGGCAUCAAUUCUCUCUUCCCCAUCCCUGUCAAUGUGUGGAACCUCAAGAGUUCCGCCGGCGCUUUCGUCAAUCAAGAAGCUUCCAGCCAAAACUGGAUUCUGUCAAGACGAUUCUUCUUGGUGGACAACAUCAGCACAAGGAAGAGAGUCACAAGUACUGAUUCAUCUGGUAACACUGUGGAGACGCUGUCCCGUUCUGAACUCCUCCGAUACGCAUCUAGCUUCAAGAUCUUUGUCGAACUGCAGCCGAAUCAACGCAAUGGAAAGAUCUACCCACCUUAUGUGGAAAUCAGAUAUUCAGAACUCAAAUCUGAUUCAUAUGGGACUGGCCAAACCGUUCAGGUUUCAUUUGAAGUGAUAUACAAGUCAUCCCAGGCCAAGUUUGAAUACGAUUUAUCGAUUGCGAUGGGUGUCCUCUGUUGUCUUGGUGCCAUCUAUGCUUUCAUGCGGACUUGGGGCUGGUCACGGCGAUCUGGAAAGGCUACGGUUGAUUUCUUGACCACUGUGAAGACUCUCAUGCACGCAUGUGGCGCCAUUGCCAAUGUCUUUUUCUUGGUGACAUUCGGAGCUGCCUUUUGGUUCAUCAUUUUCUACAAGCGCCAGAACAUAGUGUACCUCUUCGUGCCGACGAGAGAUCAAGAAGUCUCCUUUGAGGUGUAUCUCUCUGUCGCGUUUGGCCUAAAAUGCCUUGAGAUGAUGCAUCUGUUUGCCUGUCAGUGCACCAUUGAUAUCUUCUUCAUUGACUGGGAACGUCCAAAGGGACGUGUCAUCCAGAAACAAGAAGAGGGAGGAGACAAGAAGAAGACCGAGGAAAACCCGGUAUCGAUCUGGCGCACAUACAUGGUGGCAAACGAGUGGAAUGAAAUUCAGACGAUUCGGAAGAUCCACCCGUUGUUCCAGUUGUUCUGCGUGAUAUUCUUCUUGAAGGUGGUAGGGUUUGAGAAUCUGGCUACUGCGGACCCUUUCAGCAACUUCACCAUUGACAGUGGUACCUACACCAGCCCUCACAGUCGCAUAUUCAGAUAUGCCAUAGCAGUGUCAGUGUAUGUGCUCACUGGUGUUGUCCAGUAUGCCUUCUUCGCCUUCUUCUACGAGCGAUUCAUUGAGGACAAGGUGCAGCAGUAUGUUGAUCUGUGCUCGGUCAGCAAUGUGAGCGUCUUCAUUAUGGCCAACAGUCAGUAUGGCUACUACAUCCACGGCAGGUCUGUCCAUGGCACAGCUGACACUGGUAUGAAGGAGAUGUAUGAAGCCCUACAGAGAGAAGAGGCGGAUCUGUGUGGCCAUCGAGGUCUCCUUGCAAAUAAUGACCAACAGACAUUUGAGAUGGCGCUGCCUAACAGACUAAGGGCGUAUUACGAUAAGGCCCUGAUGCCUGUUGCAGAAAUCAAUGCAGCAGGCAGUGCUGCCAGUAAGAUGGAAAAAGGUCAGCCCGGAUCGCCUAAUGCAGCCAUCUCCAAGAGUAUGCAGGCUUACAAGAAUGUCACCAAGUUCCUCUCGGCCUUCAUUGAUCAUUCGUUGAAGGAUAUCGACUACCUGGUGAAGGACAAGGUACUAAUGGAGAACAUCCUAGAUGUGGAGUUUGACGACUGCUCAGAGAAAGGAGCCUUCUACAAUGAUAAUGGUCAUAGCUUUGACGCCAUCCUGUUCUACGGCAACGAGCCGACCCUCCUCGUCUUCGACAUCCUGCUGUUCUGCAUCGUGGAUCUGAUUGCGAUGGAUUACAUCUUGGCUGCUAUCAUCACGUUCCUCUUUGAUGAGAUUCUGUGCUUGAUCAGGGACAACCUGGGCCGGAGGAACUUGGCCAAGAAGACACUCAUUGAUCAACGAUUCCUAAUCUAACUGAUUCAAGUUCAAAGUGACCUGGCCCAGUUAUUACUGUACAGUUCAUAUCGUUCUGUUCGAUAGUGAGUUAUUGGACUUUCCUCAAUCAAAACUUGUAUCCGUCCAAAUUAUUUCGUUUAGAGUAGCAUAGGCUGUCCUACAUUUGUUCGUUUGUACGAAAGUUGUGCCAGAUGAAAAGGUCAUAUUGAGAUGUUUUGUAGAUUCAUGUAGAUAGAAAUGAACAAUUAGUCUAGUGUUUAUUUGGGAGAUCUCCCACUUACAAUUGAGAUUUGACCCCCGAGGGGCUGUAGCAGUAUAACGAAGUCAAUAUACUGUGGUGAAUCAAUGAGUAAAGCACUGCCCAUAGGGUUCAUCACCUUCUAAUCACAAUGAAAUGGGUUUGGUGUAGGGCCUACUCUGAAAGAGAUGCAGAACUGUUAGUACAUAAUACACAGACAGGGUAUAUGUUGUCGCUGGUUCGCCUGGUAAGGCUGGCCACAUUGACUGAUACGCCUUGUCUGAUGUUCCUUUGAUUCUGUAUAUCAUGGAAUAUGGUUUAAUUCUCAUCUUGAGUGCAACAUUUUGAAUAGAAGGUCACAACAUUGAUUUUGCUGUAGUAUAGCCAUUUUCGUAUACCCCAUUUUAUCAAUGUGUAUUUUUCUGGAAUAUUUUUGCAACUUUGUAUCCAAAAAAACAUUUUUAAAGAUACGUUUUAUAAUAAAAUGUUGUAGAUUGAUUAA